AUGUGCUAUCUUGUCUUUUACCCUCUUUCACUCAGGGAUGCAGUGCAGCUGAAUGUCCUGGCCACUCAGAUGAUGCUGGCCCUGGCUCACAGGAUGAAGCACCUGGAGGUUUUUAUUCACAUCUCCACAGCCUAUGCCAACUGUAACCGAGAGCUCAUCGAGGAAGUCGUCUACUCUCCCUCCGUAGACUACCGAAAACUCAUUGACACUCUGGACUGGAUGGAUGACGAUCUGGUAUCUACACUGACUCCCAAGCUAAUUGGAGAACAUCCCAACACUUACACCUUCACCAAAUCUCUGGCCGAAUAUAUGGUGCAGCAGGAGGCUGGAGACCUCAACGUAGGCAUUGUCAGACCCUCCAUAGUUGGAGCCAGCUGGAAAGAGCCCUUCCCAGGCUGGAUUGAUAACUUCAAUGGACCCAGUGGGAUUUUCAUUGCAGCUGGUAAAGGGAUCCUCCGAACAAUGAGAGCAUCUAAUAAUGCUGUGGCUGACCUGGUUCCUGUAGAUGUGGUCAUCAACACUACGCUGGCUGCAGGCUGGUACUCAGGAUCGCAGGUGCUUAACAGGCCUAAAAGCAUACCCGUGUACAAUUGUACAACUGGUGGGAUUAACCCGUUUCGCUGGGGAGAAGUCGAGUACUGUAUAAACAUGUCCUUCAAGACCAAUCCCUUAGAGCAGGCUUUCAGAAGGCCCAAUGUCAAUCUACGCUCCAACCCCUUUACUAAUCAGUACUGGACCACUGUCAGCCACACGCUGCCAGCCCUGCUCUAUGAUGGCUAUCUCACGCUGAUGGGCCGGAAGCCCCGGAUGAUGAAGACGAUCACUCGCCUCCACAAAGCCAUGAUGGUACUGGAGUAUUUCACCAGUCACUCCUGGGUGUGGAACACUGACAACAUGGCCAUGCUGUUGGCCCAGAUGAGCCCUGAGGAUAAAAAGAUAUUUAACUUUGACGUGCGUCAGCUGCACUGGGCAGAGUACAUGGAAAAUUACUGUAUGGGCACCAAAAAAUACGUCCUCAACGAAGAGCUGUCGGGGCUGCCUGCUGCACGCAAACACCUCAACAAGCUGAGGAACAUUCGUUACACCUUCAACACCAUCCUGGUGGUGUUUAUUUGGCGCAUAUUCAUUGCCCGAUCCCAGAUGGCCAGAAACAUCUGGUACUUUGUGGUGAGCCUCUGCUUCAAAUUCCUGUCCUACUUCCGAGCUUCUUCGACCAUGAGAUAAUGACCGAGGGACGCGGUGGCGGGUUGCGAGGCGGAGCGACAAAAGAAAUUAAGAAAAGACUGGCUGCUUGUGUUCAAAGUGCUUGGAAAAGGAGGAAAAAAAAACAAUAAAAACAUCCGUCUCUGGUCUCUUUUUAUUGACACCACCAAACCAUUUAACAACUCAAAUACAGAUGGAGCUACCUGACAAGCCUGGAGUUCACAGGGGUCUGUUGGCUAUCUGGAUCUCUGGCAUUUCAUAGAAACUCAGUGCAUGGAUUUAUUGCGCCAUACAGCUCCGAUUCAUAGCACUUGGACUAGUUGGAACAAGCCUCGUUCUGUUCAUUCCCAGCAUGUCCGGUCCUCCUCCUCGGCGCCAGCUUUGCCCAAGAGCAACCUUCUCUAAACCUCUAAACCUGCUCAUCUCGCAUCUUUGUGCUCGCCUGGCUGUCUUCCUGCAAAACGAAGCUAUGCAUUGGAUGAUGCUGCUGCAGAAAUCCCCAGCUGGUUUUGAAUCAGUCCAGGCUUCAGUCGUGUCAGAUAUGUUUUAAGUUGCAAGUGUAAGUUGUAUAUCUGUCAUCUGAAAAGAUAACUGGUUUUGCUGUUUUUGUUCCGGCUUGUCUGUGGUUCGUGUCAUUUUUAUGGGAUGGAAAGUUUUUUAAAAGCAGUCUGUAAGAAUCAGGGUUGUUUUGUUUUUUCACCUGACAGCAGCGUUCGCUAGAUGCUUAAACAGUUGGUUGAUUUGACAUUUUAAGAGGCUUAUUCAGGGACCGGCCGACCUAGGGAUCACUGUUUAACUCUGUCGUGACCUCCUAACCCCAAGAGCGAAGCCAUUUUAGCUAACACGUGACAUUUGCAGCGAUGGCUUGUGGAAACUGAAGUAUAAACACGGGAGGGGCUUGCUUAUGCUGAUUUUUAUGUCCCACAAACAGAAUGGCCUUUAGCCCCUCUCGCUGCUUGUGAGAAAGAAACUGCCAGCAAUGAUGCACCACUGCAUGUUCCCCCAGUGGACUACGGUGGCAGACUCCCUAAUUACAGCAAAGCACAAUGUAGAUUGUACUGUAGUGGCUUUCCCCAGUGCCUACAAACCAACGGUUCUUGCAUCAGCAGAUAUCCGGCUUCUUCUUCAGUUUCCUUUUUUGUUUUAAAUGACGUCUGAAAGUUAUUAAGCUACACUUUUGCCAAAAUGCAUCUUGGCUAACAUGCUCAUACCUCUGUAAAACGGUGGGGGUGAGAUGGUUAUUUCUUCUCGAAUGCUUGGAAAUUAAACGCUCUUGUACCGGUACAAAUCUUGAGUUCCACACUGUUCUUUUAGUACACUACUUUUCAGGUAGCACUAAUUGUAGCUUGCCAUCAUUGUGAAGGGUUUAAGUCGUUUUUCUUUGCAAGUGCAUGUGUUAGAGUAACUUCGCGGGACAUACUGUAUUCUAUUGCUGCUGUUUAUAACCUCUUGGACCAUUCGUUGCCAUGUUAAGUCUUACAUUGUUGGAACUGAGCUAAUCUGCGCACUGUUAUGUUUGUCUUUUCCCCGAGCUUUAAUGAAGCAGGGUGUGACUGCGUGCUGUUUGCUUGCAUCUUAGGCCAUAGAGAUUUCAAGCACCUACAUGUUUGUCGUGCCAGAGUCACUGAGGAGUGUGAUUUAUAUUUAUUUUUUUCCCCCCCUCUUCUCCCAAAUCUCACAGCAGGAGUCAUUUUGCAUAGAUCGUAUGAAAGUCCAAGACUCAAACCUGAAUUGUGCCUGAACUUUUGUCAAGAUAAUGUGAAAUGAAAGCAAUCAAAUCUGUUUUCUAGUUAUUUUCUGUAUAACUCUAUUUAGGUAGACGACAUAUAACACAACAGAUGUAUUUUUAUGCUGAUAACAUUGUGACUAGUUUACUGAUAAAGAGCUAACUGAACCAACUUCAGCUGCUGUAUAUUUAAAAUAAAAAAAAAAAUAAAAAGAAAUUUAACCUGUUAAUAAAAAUGUAAAUGCAGUAGAUUGAAUGCUGAAUUUGGCUGUUACAAGUUGCUCGUCAUAUGACUUUGUAUAUACAUGCACAUUUUAACUUUUUCCAUCACUGAAUGUAGUAGACAUUCAACAGCCUGACUUCAUUGCUCAGCCAGAUUCUCUCUGACUGAAAUGACAGCUCUGGAAAAAUUCUGUAAUUGCCUGUGAUUUUAAUAUGGGAAAAGCUGAGGGACCAUGUGACGAAUUCUUGCUUAACUCUGUUUCCUUGUGAGGGUGUGAAGUCUCUGGUGUGAUUAUGACUGUUCUUGUUUAGUGUGGUGGGGGGAGGGAGGGGAAAUAAAGCGACGCCAUGUCUAAUUCAGGGUUUUCUCACUUCUGAUGUCAGGAACUACUGAAUCCUACGAGUGGAUUGUUAAAACGGGGCAUUGCACACAAGCAUUGAAAUGAUUGUAAACCUCUGAAAUCACAGCUUUGAACAGUUUAGGAAUUGCAUUGCGUUAUAGCAUUAUUUUGCAACAACCAAAGUUUUUCUUUGGCACAUUUACAUUUUUGUGAUAUAAGCUUGCUUGCAAAAAAUUUUUUUGUGCAUGUUAGAGGAAUUUAAUGUCAUACAAGCAGCUUAGGGAAAAAUGUUUAGUGUGCCUCUGUCCAAAACGAAAUCCAGCCACCAGAGUAGUUUCUGCAGGGCCAACCCUGAUUGCAGCAGAAAUUUGGCAAAGAAAUAAUGUAACACAAUGCAUAACAGACGUUUGUACGUUUUGAUAGAGUAGGUGAUGCCAGUUUCCUUUAAGCUAAAUUACAUUUUGGGACUUGAGAGGUAUCCAUAGACUGUAGAUAAAAGAUGUACCUACAGUGCCAACAUCCACUGACUUCUUUGAAACAGGAUGUGACCAUAUUUGGAUGAAAGGUUGAGCGGGAAAAGUGAUGCUACUGCUACUAAUGACUAGAUAACUUGGCAAAGUGCCAAAGGUCAAAUGUUAUGCUAAUGUUUGGCUAGCUUAAAAUAACUUGGCAGAAAACUGAACACAAAGGAACGGCCACUUAAGUGCAUAUCUUUAAACAUGAUUGCUGUUUUAAAAAAUUUUUUUUUUUUUCAUAAGAUGCCAAGUUUGGAUAUUGCGUUGAGCCGGCCUCAAGUGGCCAUUCGAGGAACUGCAAUUAUCGCCAUUUCUACUGUGCUUUCAUUUUCAUAGCAAUCGAUUUCCAACAGACUCGAGAUCAAAAUCUCUUACGUAAAACAACUUUAGCUCUCCUAACCUGGCAGGAAAAAAAUGCAAUCAAGCAGAACCCUACUUUUCAUAGAGGGGAGGGACAAAAAGAUUAAAAUGUGUUUUCGGGGUUUUUAAAAAGACCCGAUGGCCUGAGUAUUUAUCCCCUGCAUCAAAGGAGGAGUGGUAGUUUUAUUUGGCCUUUUUAGAUGAUCAGUUGAUCGCAGGGCACGUUUAAGGUGCAGAAUAAAGUUUUCAUCAGUGGUUGUGAAUGCAUUUAAAAUGAUUUGGUUUCAGUGUUUGAUUUUUAAAAUGUGAGGUUCUUGAGGGGAGGCCUGUUUAAUCGCUCCUACUUUGAGUGCAGUGAUGAAUAUCGGCCCCACUCUUUACUCUCAGAAGUUGGGAAAGGGAUUCUUGUCAUUCAUUUUAAUGUGACACUCCUCAAAAAAAUAUCAAUGGGUGCCUUUUGUUUGUAAACCAAAAAAGGAAUAAACAAUGUUUAAUCUUCUAGUUCA